UCCAUCUCUUGGCCAUAUAUCCAAAACCCAAAAACCAGAAGUACUGCCAAACCUAUACAAAACAGAAGAGAUCAGAGCCACAUGGGUACGACGAGGCUAUUAUGUUUUCUCCUCAUCGUACUGCUUUCAAUUCCCUCAUUUAUCCUCUCCGGGGACUUGAACGGGUUGUGCAACCAAACCCCAUAUCCAGAUCAGUGUAAACACUUCAUGACUCACACCAAUUUCAAAGGGAAAUCCGAUUUCAAGAAAAUGGCAAUCCGAGUGGCCAUGGAGAGGGCUCUUAGCGCCAGUUCUCAGGCCAACGGGCUCGGCCCAAAGUGUAGAAAUCCUCGAGAAAAAGCCGCCUGGGCGGAUUGUCUUAGCCUCUACGAAGAUACCAUUUUGCAGCUCAACCGAACCCUUGACCCCGCCGUGAAAUGCACGGAUUUCGACGCCCAAACGUGGCUCAGCGCCGCCGUGACGAACCUCGAGACUUGCCGGACCGGGUUCGCGGAGCUGGGCGUGUCGAACGGCGCCGUUUUCCCCGCCAUUUCCGACGCUAAUGUCACGCGCUUGAUUUCUAACACUUUGGCUCUCAUUAACAACGCCUCUGCUCCCCGGGAAACCUACGGGGGUGAUUUUCCGACGUGGGUUUCGCCCGGUGACCGGAAACUGCUCCAGGAUGGGUCCGCCGUCAGGCCGAACCUUGUGGUGGCUUCGGACGGCUCCGGCGACUUUAAGACCGUGAAGGCCGCUCUUGUUGCCGCUGCUAAGAGGCGGCGUGGCAGUGGGCGGUUUGUGAUCCAUAUAAAGCGCGGCGUUUACCGGGAAAAUGUUGAGAUUGGGUGGAAGACGAAGAACAUUAUGCUUGUUGGCGAUGGAUUGAGGCGCACCAUAAUCACCGGCAGCCGGAGCGUUGGCGGUGGUUCCACCACCUUCAACUCCGCCACCGUUGCUGUCACCGGAGAAGGAUUCAUAGCUCAGGGCAUUACAUUCCGCAACACGGCCGGUCCAAAAAACCAUCAAGCCGUUGCUCUUCGAUCCGGUUCGGACCAUUCGGUUUUCUAUCAAUGCGGUUUUGAGGGAUACCAAGACACUCUUUACGUCCAUUCCCAACGCCAAUUCUACAAAGACUGCGACAUCUAUGGCACCGUAGACUUCAUCUUCGGAAACGCCGCCGUUGUUUUACAAAACUGCAUCAUAUAUGCGAGGAAACCUAUGAACAAACAACGUAUUACCAUCACGGCCCAAGGUCGGACCGACCGGAACCAGAAUACCGGAAUAUCUAUCCACAAUUCUCGGGUGAUGGCCGGUUCGGACCUCAAGCCGGUCGCUGGCUCGUUCAAGGCUUACUUAGGGAGGCCGUGGAAGAAAUAUUCCCGAACGGUUUUUCUCCGAACCUACAUGGAAUCUAUUGUUGACCCGACCGGUUGGGUCGAGUGGGAUGGGAAAUUUGCAUUGAAUACUUUGUACUAUGGCGAAUAUAAGAACUCUGGACCCGGUUCAUCAACUAAGCGGCGAGUGAAGUGGCGUGGUUACCGGGUUAUUACAAGUGCAACCGAGGCGGCCCAAUUCAGCGUGCAGAGUUUUAUAGCGGGUCGCUCGUGGCUGCCGGCGACAAAAGUCCCAUUCCGUGCUGGACUGUAAAGUCAAAUUAUAUAUGCUUGA